AUGCCCUUGAAAGUGGCAUUUAAAUGUACAAGUUCUCUCUCACCUUUUUUUUUAUCUUGGUCUCUCUCGUUUGUUCAUGUGAUCUCUCGCUUUGUCUUUCACUACUCAGCAAUAUGUACUCUAGUUCUCAUUUAUAAGUUCUUAUUCUUGUUUACUUGCUCUCUCUUGUUUGUGUGCUCAUUCUCUUUCUUGCUCUCUCUCUCUGGUUUGUGCGCUCUCUCUCUCUCUCUCUCUCUCUCUCUCUGGUUUGUGCGCUCUCUCUCUCUCUCUCUCUCUCUCUCUGGUUUUGCUCUCUCUCUCUCUGGUUUGUGUUUCUCUGCUUCUCUCUCUCUCUGGUUUGUGCGCUCUCUCUCUCUCUGGUUUGUGCGCUCUCUCUCUCUCUCUGGUUUGUGCGCUCUCUCUCUGGUUUGUGCUCUCUCUCUCUCUCUCUGGUUUGUGCGCUCUCUCUCUCUGGUUGUCGCUCUCUCUCUCUCUGGUUUGCUCUCUCUCUCUCUCUGGUUUGUGCGCUCUCUCUCUCUCUCUGGUUUUGCUCUCUCUCUCUCUGGUUUCUGCUCUCUCUCUCUCUCUCUGGUUUGCAGCUCUCUCUCUCUCUCAGCGCUCUCUCUCUCUCUCUGGUUUCUCUCUCUCUCUCUCUGGUUUGUCGCUCUCUCUCUCUCUCUGGUUUGUGCUCUCUCUCUCUCUGGUUACGCUCUCUCUCUCUGGUUUUCUCUCUCUCUCUCUGGUUUUAGCGCUCUCUCUCUCUGGUUUGUGCGCUCUCUCUCUCUGGUUUGUGCGCUCUCUCUCUCUCUCUCUGGUUUGUGCUCUCGCUCUCUCUCUCUCUGGUUUUUCGCUCUCUCUCUCUGA